AUGGCCUCCAACGACGCACCACGCGUGAUCAUACCCAGCUCCAGCGCAGGGACUGACAAUGACUCGCCCCAUGCUCUUGAGCUCAAGAUUGACGAGCAAACUCUCAUGGAGUAUGAUGAUCGCGACUCGGCCAAAGCUGGCCUGGACUCACCCGACCAGAGGCCCGCUGAGUCAGGGUCUCCGGCCGGUUCGCCUUUUGUUGAGACCUCCCCCCACCUUGGGGAUGCCACGUCACGAUGGCCCAUGAUCGUGGAGCCUCUGUUGUCACCACGGUUAUUAGGCACAACCACCUGGGGUCCUGUCGUGGAGAUGGUGGAGAAUGCGGGUCGAUUUUCCUUCCUGAUCGUAUGCCCUUUCCUGGUUCGAGAGUUGGGCUCGGGAGGCAAUGUGCGCGGCCCGUUGGAUAGCAUGCCUCUCACGAGGCGCCACUUGGUCGACCGCCUCUCCCGGAUUUCGGGUAGACGUGAAUCGGCCGCCAGUGAGACGGCUGGUAAGGCUCUACAAAUUAUCGAGUCCAUACCGGAGGAACACGAUAUCAACGUUGCAGACGAGGGGAAACUCACUUUUGACCAUCUCGACCGCCAUUACCCCCCGGGCUCGACGGUCUACCGCAGAGACGAUGGCGGCUGGCGCGCAUACAGGGUUGACAGGACCGAGCGUCCCGGCGGUCCAGGGACUGACUUACACGUGCACGCCUUCUACCUGGACUUCGACGAGUCCGGAAUGCGCCUCGUCCCGCACUCUGCGCUGUUGGUGGCGCCGUCGUAUCCCUCAGCGCGGAAGGUUGGGUCCCUCGAACUGGUGCCGGGUUGGUACAUACAGGAAACCUCUCGAGGCAUCGUGGACCACCUCAGCAGCCGGGGGAAACGGUACUGGUUAUGUGGAGGAAAGCCGAGGUGUUUCGAAUACAGAGGCAAUGCAUGGCCAGUCCCGCUGGGCGCUCAGCCUCCACGGGUAAUGGUUGACUACACCACGCCUAGCAAGCAUCAAACCGCGGACCGGCCCAAUCAUGUCCGCAGGUGUGCGAUCUGUGUCGCAGAAGAGGCAGAGUUCGGGCCAUACCCCUUGGUCGGUCGCGACCAUGACUCGGAAAUCUGCAUCAGACCGGGGCUGGUGUCUGAAGGUGAUCAAGAGUAUCGGAUUGAACAGGACUCGACAAGUUUAUUCCGAUAUUGCCCCGCAAAGACUUGGGCUUUCAGCCUGACAUACAGGUCCUGGCGGGAGGUGCGCGUCACGGAUCUACACGACGUGAUGUAUCCGGAUGUCUCCCAGACCAAACUUUACGUGCUACCGAACGUCGAGGAACUACUUGAGUCGUUGCUGGAGUCGUACAUAUCUGAGAUUAAAACCGCACCCUUGAACCUCCCGCGCAAACCUGGUGGACGCAACGUUCUUCUUCAGGGCAAUCCUGGGUCGGGAAAGACGUUCAUCGUGGAAUACCUGGCCGACAAGUACAAAGUGCCGCUCUAUACCGUCAACUGUGCCUGCCUCGGAACGGAUCCCGGCGUCCUGGAAACGAGGCUGGGGGAGGUCCUUCGGAGUGCGGCAAACUGGGGGAUGGUGCUACUGCUCGACGACGUCACGCUGUUUCUUCGAGACCAAGAUCCCUCGCAGUCACUGCUCAACUCGGUUUUCCGGUUCCAGCUAGCCCAGUCUAGGGCCCUGGUGUUUAUGACCGCCGUCAGCCUUCGAACUCCGGACGACAAGUUCCUGUCCCACGUCGGCGUCGCGCUGUGGCUGCAGGGGCUCAGCAGCAAGCCGCACUGCCAGAGGCUCCUUUGGGAAAGCGCAAUUCGGUCGCUCAGCUGCGAGUCCAAGUCUGACACGGAGCUCAACAAGAUGCUGGACGAGCUGUUGACAUCCAAGCCGGUGCAGCAUAUGGAUGGGCGGCAAAUCCACGCCUGCGUCCGAGCCGCGGUGGCUCUGGCACGACAGAGAGACCGUGCCAUCAACAGCAGCCACAUUGGCGAGGUGAUUGCGCUUGCCGAGGAGUUUAGGAAGUCGGCCCGGGGGAAAGGACCGCAUAGCCCCGUGGGCGUCAUGUCGGUGGAAAGGAAGAGCAGUGGACAAGGGGUGCAAUAG